AUGGUCAAAUACCCAGAGGCGGAUCUAAGGGGUAAGGCCAGGGGUCAUUUCAGCCCCCAGCAAACAACGAACGUCAUCCUGGCAGACAACCAGUCAGGUGAUGGCGGUGGUGAGGCUGGCACUCAGAGGGUUGGACAGCCACAAAAUGUUCGUGACUGGUCGAACGGAUUGUGUGGCUGUUGUACGGACUGUGAGGCAUUUUUUUACUGCAUCUUUUGCUACUCAUGUUUCACCUGCUCUGCAGCCAGCAAAAAAAACGAGUGUGCACUUGGUCCGUUGUGCAUACCGGGGUUCGUGCCCGCUAUGAGGUCCAAGUUGAGAGGUCAACUGGGAAUCAGGGGUUCGAUAUGCUGCGAUAUAAUGGUUGUUUCAUGUUGUGCCCCAUGUGCGGUCAGUCAGAUGUACAGGGAGGUCAGACGUUCCAACGUCUUAAAUGUGACUUGCCCUAAUUUUGGAUAUUAA